ACACGUGAGCAGGGAGGGCGGAGUGUGUAAAAUCCACGGCAGCCCUCCUAAAAAGUCUCCCUGUGACGAGCUGCAGGGGGCAACAAUCCCCCCCCCCCUCCUCGUCUCCUCGUCUCCUCGCUGUCUCCUCCCCCCUCCAGCAGCCCCUCCUCCUGCCGCCAGACGCCCAGGCCAGGCAGCGUCCAUACGGAACAUCCUCUUACCGGAGAGGGGGAGGAGACACAGCACAGUCCCGCUAGUAAAUCAGGAAGGAGGAGAAGAAGAAGAAGAAGAGGAUCUUUUCCGUGGAAGUGGGGAGGUUUCCUAAACCCGCCGGAUGGUCGCCGGAUCUCUUUGAAGUUUGGGGAGCCGGUACCGACGCGAAGCAGAAGCGGCAGAAUUCCCCCCGCAGCAGCAGCACCGGGACUGGCGGCUGUGGCACCCCCACCGAGCAUGAGGCUACCCGGGCUGUUGGCGCUGCUGGCCGCGCUGCUCGUUCACGUCGUCGCGGAACACACCUGGUCGCCUGUCGAUGACGAGGGAUCGGCACCUGACGACUUCUACGACGACGAGGACCUCUACUCCGGAUCUGGUUCUGGAUUUCCCCAGACCAGAGUGAGGCCCACGUCAGGAGGCGUGUCCUUCACCACCGAGGAGCCCGCCCCCCUCUCCACCACCCAGGCCACGAGCCCCGCCCCCUCCGCCGCACCUGCCGUCGAGCCCAGCCCGGACCCGGAUCCCACCGACGCAACUCCCGCCGCCGCCACAACCUCCGCCGUCGCCACAACCUCCGCCGUCGCCACAACCUCCGCCGUCGCCGCCACGUCCGCCGCCGUCAUCCUGCCCACCGAGGCCGACGGCGAGAGCGGUGCAUUCUGGGAGAAGGAGCUGGAGUCGGAGAAGGAGCGGGAGAGGCAGGCGGAGCGCGAGCGAGAGCGGGAACGCGAGCGGGAGCGGGUUCGGGAGAUGGAGCGAGAACGGGAGAGGGAGCGGGAGAGAGAGCGGGAGCGGGAGAGGCAACGAGAGCGGGAGCGAGAGAGGGAGCUGGAGCGGAUACGAGCCGCCGCCGCCGCCACCGCCCAGACCACCGCGCCCCCCAGGUCCUCGGCUGCAGUGACCACCUUCCCAGGGGAGAGUACGGCGCCCUCCGCUGGCCCGGAUGACCUGAGCACCGCCGAAGAAGAUGAAGACGUCUACAUGUCGCCUGAACCUACUGGUGUGGAAGUGACCACGCAGGAGGACACGCCCAUCGCCACUGCUGAGCCCACCCCUGAACCCACCACCGCCCAGCCCACCACCACCACCACCACCACCACCACCCUCGCCACCACCAAGACCAGGUUCCCUUUCAGGCCCCGGGUUCCAAUGACGACCACCACUCAGAAGGCGCCCACGGAGAGAAGCACCCGCCCACCACCACAACCCACCACGACAAAGGCCCGUUCGGACGACAGCAACAACGAGCUGGCAGGCGUGGGCCCCAGCGGGGACUUCGAGAUCCGCGAGGACCAGCGUAACGACCUGGACCGAGGCCUGGGGCCGGAGGACCCGGACCUGGCGGGCAACACGGUGGACGCGGGGAGCUCGGCCGCCCAGCUGCCGCAGAAGAACAUCCUGGAGAGGAAGGAAGUCUUGAUAGCGGUGAUCGUGGGCGGCGUGGUGGGCGCUCUGUUCGCCGCCUUCCUGGUGAUGCUGCUAGUGUACCGCAUGAAGAAGAAGGACGAGGGCAGCUACACGCUGGAGGAGCCCAAGCAGGCCACCGUCACGUACCAGAAGCCCGACAAGCAGGAGGAGUUCUACGCGUAGCAGGCGCCACACCCUCUUCGUCUUCUUCGCUUACCGCCUCUCCUCGCCCUCCCGGCGCCUUUCUGCGCACCUCUUUUCAAUCAAACCGGAAAAAGGGACAAAAAAAAAACCAACAACAAAAAAAUGUUAUGAAUAUUCUCUUGUUCUGUACGUGACAUAUGAUUAUUUUGUAAGAAAAGAACUUAAAAACACGUAAAAAAAAAAAAAAAAAAAGGUGACCUGUUUUUACGCAGCCAAAAGUAAGAGGAGAGGCGGGGGCAGAGGGGCGGGGCAUGAUCCUCGCCAAAAACUCGCACAGAGCUGGAGGUCAAAGUUCAGAGGAAAGGUGCCUUCUGUCCCUCUGCGCGCACACACACACACACACGCACACACAUACACACACGCACACACACACAGGUGGCCGUGACCUCUCGCUCUGUGCUCGGGCCGAGCGGGAGACGGUCGCCGCGGCAACAGACGAGGCCUCGCCUGGCUGCCGCGCUAAUAAUCCAUGAUAUAUCGAUGUUUUGGAUCCUAACGGUGAUAAUAAUACUUCAAUAAAGCAGGAUGUGUAUUUAGCUGUUCAACAAAAGUCUAUAUAUGUAAAUAUAUGCCUGUUCUUUUUUCUGCCGUCACCAAUCGUCCGCAUGACGUUAUCGUUUGUAUUUAUCGCUCAUCACUUUAGAGGAGCUGCGCUCUCGUCACACACACACACACACACACACACACACACACACACACACACACACACACACACACACACAGCAAUACCGUCCAUCACGUCGCAUAUGGGUUCCCUUUCAUCCUACACUCCCAAGUUUUGCAUGACUUUUGUUUUCCCCCUUUUAUUUGGAUGAAGGGGGCGGGGCUUCUACGAUUGUAAAGAAAAGAAGGCGCCAGUAGUAGCGUCUCUCCUGGUACUCGGUGCUGUGGAACCACAAAAAAACGUGCAUGGGGGGUCUAAACUAUACUAGUCUGCGUGUGUGUGCCUGCGUGCGUGUGUGUGUGUGUGUGUGUCCGGUGGUUGAGUGUGUGUUACCGCCUCCAGCACGCUCUUCCACAGACAGCCAUUCCUCGUGUGUGUGUGUGUGUGCGUGUGUGUCACCUGUAUUUCACUAGUGUGCACUAGUGUGUGUUUGGUUGCUCACAGUUGAAUGUCACACACACACACACACACACACACAGGUUAUCAUUUGGCCAAAGCUUAAAAAUCACUUAGGCAUCUUCAGAAUGGAUCUGACUAUAAUUUAAAAAGGUUUCCCUUUAGGGGACCUGUUUUUUUGUCCCCAUACCGUCAGAGGUCCCCUAAAGGUGACUGUGUAAACCAGGGGUCCCCAAACUUUUUGACUCGUGGGCCGCAUUGGGUUAAAAAAAUUUGGCCGGGGGCCGGGCUGUAUAUAUA